AGCUCUAUUCCCCGUCUCCCUAACUUCCUCUCUUAUGUACAUAUCUUGCUUGGACAUUAAGCAGCUCCCCAUAACUGCCACUGAAACUUGUCUCGAUCGAGCAAUCUAUAGAGAAUAAAAAACAAAUUUCAAUUCCAAGCAUGCAAAGACCAGCAGAGAAAAAAGCAGGUGUCCACACCUACAUAAGCCAAUGGCCAAUCUACUCCUUAGCAUGGUCAGUCCGCCAUGACAAGCCUUCACGCCUAGCCAUAGGCAGCUUCAUUGAGGACUACAGCAACAAGGUUGAAUUAGUCCAGUUCAACCAAGACACAUCCGAUUUCACCACCGAUAACCGCCUCAUUUUCGACCACCCUUACGCACCAACCAACCUCAUGUUCUUCCCCUCUGAGGACACCACGAAUCCUGACCUAAUUGCCACGUCCGGCGACUACUUAAGGUUGUGGGAGAUCCAUGAUGAUAGGAUUGAGCUCAAGUCUUUGCUGAAUAGCAACAUGAGUAGUGAGUUUAAUUCGGCUAUAACGUCUUUUGAUUGGGCAGAGUGUGACACUAGGCGUGUGGCUAUGUCUAGUGUGGACACUACCUGCACAAUUUGGGACAUUGAGAGGGAAGUUGUGGAUACUCAACUGGUGGCUCAUGAUAAAGAAGUGUAUGACAUCUCUUGGGGUGGCUUCAAUGUGUUUGCUUCAGCUUCUGGUGAUGGCACUGUUAGGGUGUUUGAUUUGAGAAACAAAGAGAGGUCUACCAUAGUUUAUGAAAACCCUACUCAAGACAGAUCUUUGUUGAGGGUAGAAUGGAACAAGCAUGACCAAAGAUUCAUUGCCACAGUUGGAAUGGACAGCAACAAAGUGGUAAUAUUGGACAUCAGAUUUCCCACUUCACCUCUAAUGGAGCUCAAAAAACAUGAUGCCAGUGUGAAUGCAAUUUCAUGGUCUCAAGGUAAGGGACACCAGAUUUGUUCAGUGAGUGAUGAUUCAAGGGCUAUGAUUUGGGAUGUGGUGAGGCCUGGAUUUCAGUCGGAGAGUGGCGGCGAUAUGGAGCCGGAGAUGUGGUAUGGAACGACGGCUCAGAUUAAUCAAGUGCGUUGGUCUGCUGUGGAGUUGAAUUGGAUUGGUAUUGGCUUUUUGAACAAGUUGCAGCUCUUGAAGGUUUAAUUAGAAUAUUAAUGGAAAUUAAGAGAAAAGGGAUUAGGGAGUUGACUGGGAGAUGAAUCCCAAAUGCAAGUGUCAUGACUACUAUUUGUCGUGUUAUUGGGGUAUAUACAUCAUCAUGUCAUUAUGAGAUGAGUGUUGUAGGAACAAAAAUAUAUUUUCUUAUAUUGUAUGA